AUGCCGGUGAUGAAGGGCCUCCUGGCCCCCCAGAACACCUUUCUGGACACCAUCGCGACACGCUUCGAUGGCACCCACAGUAAUUUUCUGCUGGGUAACGCUCAGGGCCACCGCGGCUACCCCAUCGUCUACUGCUCAGACGGCUUCUGUGAACUGACAGGCUUCACAAGGACUGAGGUGAUGCAAAAGAACUGCAGCUGCCGCUUCCUGUACGGGGCCGACACCAGCGAGCACGUGGCUCAGCAGAUGGAGAAGGCUCUGGAGGGCCGAGAGGAGUAUCAGGCCGAGGUCCACUUCUACAAGAAGAACGGUACGGCCUUCUGGUGUCUGCUGGACAUUGUGCCCAUCAAGAAUGAGAGGGGUGAAAUGGUUCUCUUCCUCUUCUCAUUCAAGGACAUCACCGACACCUACGGGAAAGGCCACUACAACAGCAAGAAGGAGGAUGACAAGAGGUGCAGGAGGAAGAGCAGCUCUCACUUCAGCCAGGCCAGGAAGCGUGGACGCACCAUGUUGUACCAGCUCACCAGCCAAUUCUCCAGGGGAGGCAAAGGAGAUGUCAACCUGGGCAGCAACAAUAUGGGCAAGUCUUCAAUACCAGAGUACAAGGUGGCAGCAGUGCAGAAGUCGCGUUUCAUUCUGCUCCACUACAGUGUGUUCAAAGCCCUGUGGGACUGGCUCAUUCUGCUGGCCACCUUCUAUGUGGCUGUCACCGUUCCCUACAACGUUAGCUUCACACCCUACGAUGACACUGUCACAGCUGCACGCUCCACCAUUGUAAGCGACAUUGCAGUGGAAAUGCUCUUUAUUAUAGACAUUAUCCUGAACUUUCGUACCACGUUUGUGAGCCAGUCAGGCCAAGUGGUUUAUGAGCCACGCUCCAUCUGCAUUCACUACGCCACCACCUGGUUCUUUGUGGACCUGGUGGCCGCCCUGCCCUUUGACCUGCUGUAUGCCUUCAACAUCACAGUUACGUCCUUGGUCCACCUGCUUAAGACGGUACGCCUGCUGCGGCUCCUUCGUUUGCUUCAGAAGCUGGACCGCUACUCCCAGUACAGCGCCAUGGUACUGACCUUACUAAUGUCUGUGUUUGCCCUGCUGGCACACUGGAUGGCCUGCAUCUGGUACAUGAUUGGACGCAGGGAGAUAGAGACCAGUGAGACAUGGGACAUUGGGUGGCUCCAUGAGCUGGGCAAACGUCUGGAGACACCGUAUAUCAACAGCACGGUGGGCGGCCCGACAGUGCGCAGCUCCUACAUCGCUGCCCUCUACUUUACCCUCAGCAGCCUGACCAGUGUGGGCUUUGGCAAUGUCUGUGCCAACACUGAUGCUGAGAAGAUCUUCUCCAUCUGCACCAUGCUCGUCGGCGCACUAAUGCACGCCCUCGUCUUUGGUAACGUGACGGCCAUCAUCCAGCGAAUGUACUCACGCCGUUCUCUCUACCACACACGUAUGAAAGACCUGAAGGACUUCAUCCGUGUCCACCGUCUGCCCCAGCAGCUCAAACAACGAAUGCUGGAGUACUUCCAGACCACGUGGUCUGUCAACAAUGGUAUAGAUGCCAACGAGCUCCUGCAUGACUUCCCUGAUGAGCUGCGGGCUGACAUCGCCAUGCAUCUGAAUAAGGACAUCCUCCAGCUGCCGGUCUUUAAGGGGGCCAGUCGUGGAUGUCUGCGCUCUCUCUCCCUCCAUAUAAAAACCUCCUUCUGCGUCCCUGGGGAGUAUCUGAUCCGCCAGGGCGAUGCGCUGCAUGCCAACUACUUUGUGUGCUCUGGGUCUUUAGAGGUGCUGAAAGACAACAUGGUGCUGGCCAUAUUAGGGAAAGGGGACCUGAUCGGGUCGGACCUGCCGGGAACAGACCAGGUCAUCAAGACCAACGCUGAUGUGAAGGCCUUGACCUACUGUGACCUACAGUAUAUCAGUGUUCGAGGCCUGAGAGAGGUGCUGGAACUUUACCCUGAAUACGCCAGCGUGUUCGCCUCUGACAUCCACAACAACCUCACAUAUAACCUGCGUGAGGGCAGCCAGGACGAGGGUCUCAACAGGUUUUCAAGGUCACCCAGGCUCUCCCAUGAAUCCAGGCUCCCCUCUAUCGUGGAAACCAAGGGUGAUGACCCAGAUGACUCCUUCCACCUCUCUCCGGCUACCCGCUCCCGUCGCAAUCUCCUGCUGCCCAGCUUCAGCAGCCCCGUUCGCCGUACGUCCCUGGGGAACCUCCUGGGGGAUGAAUUGCGGCAGUUCAACGCCCUGCGACGCUGCCGCUCCCCAAAUCUCAGCCGUGGCUUCCACGGGCAGAGCUCAUCCCCUCAGCCACCCACCAAACGAGAGCACAGCACCCCUACAUCAGCCCUGACCCUGGCCCCAGCCUCAACUUCAGCCCAGGGAGAGUCAGGAGCUGAGCAAAAGCCUUCAAAGCUGCUUAUCCCAACUGUCACCUGCUUUGGACCCCCAGAUCUGAGUCCGAGGGUUGUAGACGGCAUUGAAGACAAUGGGCACACGUUCCAUUUCAACGUGGAGCACAGCGGGCCUAAAGCCAGUACAGGAGGCAGCACCCAAGACUCCACGCAGGCAAAUGCCACUCUGUUGGUGGAGACAGAGGAGGUCAGACAGGGCAUCAGUCAACUCAACCAUAAGAUGGGCACAUUGAACCAGGAAGUAUCUGAGCUCACCAGGGGCCUGCACCAUAUGAUGCAUCUCCUCCAGGCUCACAUAUCCAUGCAUCACUACCAGCCCUCAUACCCAUACGGUGUCCAAAUGGGGACCAGCCCUCCCACAGGCCCCAACACUGGUAUGCCAUUCAACCUAGCGUCAACCUACCACCUCCAUAAUGAUCCUGGGAGCCAUGAAGGCCACAGCCACCAAAGUGUCCCUUCCACUGACCACUGGAGCUACAGUAGAGCUGCUGAAACUCAAACAGAGAGCCACCACCGACCUAAAUCCUCUAGUCCACCUUCUAACUCCUGUCCACCUCUUUCUCUAAACUCUGCACCCAGGUUAGGCUCGUGUCAUAGCUCGGAGAGCAUGAAAACACAUCUGUGGACGAGCCCAUCUCUUCUCAGCAUCAGCCCAGGCUUCCAUGGUGGAAGUCCAGGCCUUACAACUCAUGCUUGGCAUGAGGACUCUGACAACAGACCUCUCAGUGCUAGCCCAACUACCAUCAGCAAGUCCCAGCCCACGUUGUGCCUGCAGCCUCCCAGUGAUAGUGAUGAAUACUCUUGCCUUUUGUCCAGUGCCCCUACAGGUAUGUCCACACACAGCCUGCUGGACCCAUCACCAAGCUCUUACCCCCAUUUCUGCCUGCCCUCAGAGUCCCAUCUGAACCUAUCACAGACCUCACAUGAGGACAUUUGUGUCCCAUCAUCUCAUAAUCUGAUCCAGGACACCUCCAUCUUCCAAAUUGAGGACUCACAACCCUCUGUCCAACAUGUCUCUGCCUCUCUGCCCACAUUGCCCAGCCACCCACUUGGAUCCCCCCUGGAUUCAGGGUCAGAACGAUCGGAUGCUCUUGAGCCCCACCUCCCACUGGGCGACCCGUCUGCCAUAGAACACACCAGUCUGGAAUGCCUACUGGGGAAAGGGGGUUCUAUGGAGAGCAGAGACAGUGAAAGCGCAUCAUCACGAAGGUCCAGCAUUGGCGUCCAGACGCAGAGCACAGAGCAGUCUUGGUGUCUAGACCUCACAGAUUAA